AUGGCGGAGUCAAGCAGGGAAAGUAAUAGUGAGAGCAAGAAGUUAAAGGACGCUCCAGCAACAUUUAAAUCCAAAGUGUGGACUCACUUUGGAUUUUAUAGCAGUGCGGACGGGGCAAAGCUAGAAAAGGACUACGCAAUAUGCAAGAACUGCUUGGCAAAAGUCCGCUACACGGGAAACACGACAAACUUGCACAGCCACCUCACGCGGCAUCACCCGGAGCUCUGUGAGAAAGCCGUGGUUAGUGCUGGCUCGAAGCCGACACACCCCGGCGUAAACACCUUUUUCCAGGCAAAGCUACCACCUUGUUCUGCGAGGGCAAAGUCAAUCACAAAUGGGAUCGCUGUUUACAUGUGUAAAGGGCUCCGUCCGUACAGCGAGGUGGAGAACGAGGGGUUCUGCUUUUUGAUGAAAAUCUUAGAGCCACGCUUUGAUAUUCCCUCUCGGAAAUAUUUUUCUGAAAAAAUUAUUCCUGCACUUUAUGACCAGACCAGGGCUGAAGUUGAGUCGGCACUCGAGUCGGCAGAAAGAGUGGGGCUCACGUGUGACGGGUGGACAUCGAGAGCCACGGACUCCUACAUAACGUUCACUGUACAUUUUAUAAACGAAGACUGGGAAAUGAAGUCAUAUGUCCUGCAAACCCGAGCAAUGCACGAAACGCACACUGGGUCACACAUUGCCGAUGUACUGAAAGCCACAGUGGGGGAGUGGAAUCUUGACGCUAAGAAGCCAGUGGUUGUCACCGACAAUGCAUCAAACAUGCGUGUAGCAAUGGACUUAACAGGAUACCAACAUGUUAGAUGUUUUGCUCAUGUUUUAAAUCUUGCAUCCCAACGUGCGCUGAAAAUAGCUGCUGUUUCCAAGGUACUUGUCAAAGUUAGGAGGAUCUCAACAUUCUUUCAUAGAAGCACAACUGGAGCAGAAGCACUGAAAAGAAACCAGAAACUCCUUGGCCUCCCCCUUCACAAGCUCAUCACGGACAUGCCUGUUCGUUGGAAUAGUGCCUAUGAGAUGGUCUCCAGGUUUCUUGAGCAACAGCCAGCUGUCUGUGCUGCCCUCUUAUCAACAGAGGUAAGAAAAAAUGUGACUGACUGUGCUCUGACAGAGAAUGACAUCUCAAGCGCUGAAGAGAUGGUGGAAGCACUUAGACCAAUGCUUGUGGCAACAAAUAUCAUGUGUGAGGAAAAGAAUCCCACCAUUUCAGUGGUUGCUCCUCUUCAUGCCCAACUGCUGCGAGAUGACACAACCAGCACUGAAGAAGAUUCCCCUCUGGUUCGAGAGAUUAAGGGAGCCAUCAAUCAAGACCUUUCAAAGAGAUAUCAAUCAGAGGUGGAAAAAGAUCUCCUCAGCCCUGGACCCUAG